AAGGUAUAGACGACGAUGACAGAAAGAGAAAAAUCUGGAGAGAGAGAGCGUUUUCUUUGACUGUCGUCUGAAGCCACACCCUUGGGUGGCCUCAGAAUCUCCUCCCUCAAGGUUAAAAGCUCAAGGAAUGACAAGGCGUGCAAACUGUCAAGUGAUAGACAGGUGAUUACAGCUGAGAUACAGUAAGAGUUUGCUUUAUCUGUCCAACUAGGCAUCAGUGAAGGUUACAAAAUGAGCGCGUAUUCAGCAUACAAAGCGCCCUCAUCAUCAUCAGUUUCUGAAGUAUCUCCAGGAAACACCUCCCUGCUGAAAGACAACAGCUGGAUCAGAAAAGUGGACGAUGAGGAUGAAGCUGUCGACCGAGAUCCAAACUUUGGCAAAACUGUUCUAAGCCAGGUCAAAACCGAUGAGACUUCUGUGGGUCCAGGGGGUGAGGAAGUAAAAACCACCACAACUACAAAAACUUCAACAUCUGUGCAGUCGCUCAGCAAGAGAUUUACCGGAAGUCAGGAUAAGACGAGCAGCAGCACCCUCCCCUCCAGCAGGACAUCCUCCUACUCAAAAAGCAGCACAUACUCAUCUCCGAAGUCCGACUCUCCCAUCAGAAAUACUACAUCCAAAACUGUCAUAGGGAAACCUAAUAUAAGCUCAAGGACCUCCUCGGUCAGCAAGGAUGGCACAACCACUGAGACCACCUUCACCACCACCCAGAGUCUUAAAUCCCCUGUGCUUAAGAGUCCCACCAUGACUGAGACAUUCAGUGAGAGGGUCAAGAAUACAAGCAAAGGGACACUAUACUCAAGCUACUCACCAACAAAGACAACCGUGACUGAAAGAACCAUUAGCAGCAGCAACGAUGCUGAGGACAAGCUUUCUGACACACUCAUCCCCUCGAAGAGCAUGGGCAUUAACUCACCCACAGACAGCAGAAAGACUGUCUCCACGGUUCAGACUGUGACAGUGAGAAGCAGCGCUGACACUGAUGCUGAGGACAAUCUGUUUGACACACUCGUCCCCUCGAAGAUCAAGGAUGAUUACUCAUCCUCAGACAGCAAAAGAACUAUCUCCAGCACUGAGUAUGUGACAGUGAGCAGCAGCAGCAAUGGAAAUGAUACUAAAGCUACCACCACGACAAGGAGUUCCACCUCUGCCGAGGAUGACCUGUACGGCACCCUCUUGCCUAAAUCCAUCACAAAUGCAUCCAGUCUGUCUUCUUCCACCAGCAGCAGCAGCAGCAGCAUCUCAAAGAGAGAGAUCAUCACAAUUGAGAACAGCAGAGGAGUCUCAAGCCCAGUCUCUUCACCAUCCUCCACCCACAGGACCUCCAGCUACAGCUCGUACACUGAUGAUCUACCCUCCACCCGCACCUCCUCCUACACCAUCAGCAGCACACCCAGUGACGACUACAGCAGCGACAAAUCCUUCUCUUACUCCAAACCAAACUCCAGUUAUGAGUACACCAGUACCUCCAGUCCAACCUCCUACUCCUCCAAAACAUACAGGAGCAGCAGCAGGUCAGAUGACAUGACAGAUUCAGUCUACUCAUCCUCCUCAAAGAGUGUGUAUGCAGCUCCUGAGAGAACGGUGCUUGAGAAAGACCUGUGCAGCUACUGCCGUAAGCCCUUCACUGGUGACGCCAAGAUGGUCCUGGAUGACAUGAAGAUCAACUGCCACACCACCUGCUUUAAAUGCGAGGUGUGUAACAGCAAUAUGGGCUAUAUGAAAGCUGGGGACAGCAUGUGGAUCUACAAACACAUGGUGCACUGUGAAAACUGCUUCGAUGUCACCAGAGAAAAAUGGCGUCGCUGAAUUUCCCCCUAAGCCUUCCCUGGAGAUGAAGCAUCUAUGAUUUAAAGAUAAAAACAUAUUGCUGUUAAUCAAUACCUUUUUGGUGAUGUGGGAUCUUGUGUUUUUAGUUUUUACAAGCUGAUAAAAGCUUUAUCUUGGUGUUUUGACAAAUGACAGUUACAUAUUGAAUAUACCUUUUUUAGUAACAUGCUCUUGCACCUAGCUGUUACUAUAUUGUUGACAUUGUGAUAUUGCUGCCUCUGUAUCUACUAUUUUCAGAUAUUUAAAUUCUCUGCAGUCUGCAGCCUUUAAGCAGACCCUUGUGUGAAACAUGAAAUGAGAUAAUGCAAUAUUUAGGGCCGGGGGCUUUUUCUGUGUGCAAUAAAGACGAUCAAUAUAUA